CCAUCCCUCACAGUAGGUGGCGGGAUGUACAUUAAAUUGUGCAAUCGCCAAUAUACCAUAGAAGAAGACGAUAUCCGUGACCCGGAAUGUACUUAGUUAAUCUUGCCCGCUUCACAGCGGUAGUACAGAGAACGCACCGGGGAGUGAAACACCAAUUUGCCGGCAGAAGAACACCAAAAGGGUCACUUUUAUGGUCGGAAAAAACAAACAUGAUGUUGAUAUUAUCCUGGCAACUAAUGACAAGGUGAAACCCUAAACGAUUGAGAUAUAGCCUUAAAACCGUUCAGGAAUAGGAGCAGUGGAGUAUCCGAGGCUCUGAAAUAUUUUCUGGGACUUAAGUCUUUGAAAAACAAAUAUAUAUAUUAUCACCUGAGAACAAUUAGUGCUUUAACGAAAGGAAGGAGACACGUCGUUUAACUUGUGCCGGUUGACAACGGGGGCAAUUUGGGAGGAUCUCGGGUUAAGCGGACACCCCAGCGGCCCGUGUCCAAAUCAGAAACAGAAGCCGGGGUGUCGGCUUGAGAGAGUGGUCGGGUGGAACGUCUCCAACGCUGAGGUAAUAGCGUCAGACGAACAGGAGCUGCGUUGAGAUUUGGCCAUUGGGAGCCGGGGACAGAGACCUCAUGAAUGGAAAUCGGAACUUCAGGAGAUGUUGGGGCCCAGGCCCUGUUCUCAGUGCCACGGCGGCCUGGCUUUGGCACCAUGGGGAAGCCCAUCAAGCUGCUGGCCAACUGCUUCCAGGUGGAUAUCCCCAAGAUGGACGUCUACCUCUAUGAAGUAGACAUCAAUCCCGAGAAGUGCCCGCGUCGCGUCAACAGGGAGGUGGUGGACUCCAUGGUGAAGCACUUCAAGGUGACCAUCUUUGGGGACCGAAGGCCAGUCUACGAUGGGAAGAGGAGUCUCUACACAGCCAACCCCCUACCAGUCGCCACAGCAGGGGUGGAUCUGGACGUCACCCUGCCAGGGGAGGGGGGUAAGGAUCGCCCCUUCAAAGUGUCCAUCAGGUUUGUGUCGCUAGUCAGCUGGCACAUGCUGCAUGAGGUCCUGACAGGGCGCACCAUGCCUGAGCCCUUGGAGCUGGACAAGCCCAUCAGCACCAACCCUGUACACGCUGUGGACGUGGUGCUGCGACACCUGCCCUCCAUGAAGUACACCCCAGUGGGGCGCUCCUUCUUCUCCGCACCAGAGGGUUACGAUCAUCCCCUGGGCGGGGGUAGGGAGGUGUGGUUCGGCUUCCACCAGUCGGUGCGGCCCGCCAUGUGGAAGAUGAUGCUCAACAUUGACGUAUCGGCCACGGCUUUCUACAAGGCCCAGCCGGUGAUCCAGUUCAUGUGCGAGGUCCUGGACAUCCACAACAUAGACGAGCAGCCCCGGCCCCUCACCGACUCCCACAGGGUCAAGUUCACCAAAGAGAUCAAAGGUCUGAAGGUGGAAGUGACCCACUGCGGGACGAUGCGGAGGAAGUACAGAGUGUGUAACGUGACCCGCCGCCCUGCCAGCCACCAGACGUUCCCCCUGCAGCUGGAGAAUGGUCAGACAGUGGAGCGCACGGUGGCCCAGUACUUCAGAGAGAAGUACAGCCUGCAGCUGAAGUACACCCACCUCCCCUGCCUCCAGGUGGGGCAGGAGCAGAAACACACCUAUCUGCCCCUGGAGGUGUGCAACAUAGUAGCUGGCCAGCGUUGUAUUAAAAAACUCACUGAUAACCAGACGUCCACCAUGAUCAAAGCCACGGCCCGCUCUGCCCCAGACAGACAGGAGGAGAUCAGCAGGCUGGUGCGGAGUGCGAACUAUGAGGUGGACCCGUUCGUCCAGGAGUUCCAGUUCCGCGUGCGUGACGAGAUGGCGCAGGUGACGGGCCGUGUGCUGCCAGCCCCCGGGCUGCAGUACGGCGGCAGGGCGAGCUCGGAACACUUCAUGCCCCAGCAGGUGAACCCUGUGGUGUCUUUGCAGAACCGCACGGUGGCCACACCCAGCCACGGCGUGUGGGACAUGAGGGGCAAACAGUUCCACACUGGGGUGGAGAUCAAGAUGUGGGCAAUCGCCUGCUUCGCCACGCAGAGGCAGUGUCGCGAGGAGAUCCUCAAGGGUUUCACAGACCAGCUGCGUAAGAUCUCUAAGGAUGCUGGGAUGCCCAUCCAGGGCCAGCCAUGUUUCUGUAAAUACGCCCAGGGAUCAGACAGUGUGGAGCCCAUGUUCAGGCACCUGAAGAACACCUACGCUGGCCUGCAGCUCAUCAUCGUCAUCCUACCUGGGAAGACCCCUGUCUAUGCUGAGGUAAAGCGGGUUGGAGACACCCUUCUCGGCAUGGCCACUCAGUGUGUCCAGGUGAAGAACGUGGUGAAGACGUCCCCCCAGACCCUUUCCAACCUCUGCCUCAAGAUCAACGUCAAACUGGGGGGCAUCAACAACAUCCUGGUCCCACACCAACGUCCCUCAGUGUUCCAGCAGCCUGUUAUCUUCCUGGGGGCCGACGUCACUCACCCUCCAGCCGGAGACGGAAAGAAGCCUUCCAUCGCAGCGGUGGUGGGCAGUAUGGACGCCCACCCCAGCAGGUACUGUGCCACAGUGAGGGUCCAGAGACCCAGACAGGAGGUGAUCCAGGACCUGGCCUCCAUGGUGCGGGAGCUCCUCAUCCAGUUCUACAAGUCUACCCGCUACAAACCCACCAGAAUCAUAUUUUACAGGGAUGGCGUGUCAGAGGGACAGUUCAGACAGGUGCUGUACUAUGAGCUGCUGGCGAUCAGGGAAGCCUGUAUCAUGUUGGAGAAGGAGUACCAGCCGGGCAUCACCUACAUCGUAGUGCAGAAACGCCACCACACACGCCUCUUCUGUGCAGACCGCAAUGAGCGGGUUGGACGGAGUGGUAACAUUCCUGCAGGCACCACUGUGGACACAGAUAUCACUCACCCCUAUGAGUUUGACUUUUACCUCUGCAGCCACGCAGGAAUACAGGGUACGAGCCGACCAUCCCAUUACCACGUCCUGUGGGACGACAACUGCUUCACGGCUGAUGAGUUUCAGCUGCUCACCUACCAGCUGUGCCACACCUACGUCCGCUGCACCCGCUCGGUCUCCAUCCCCGCGCCAGCCUACUACGCCCACCUGGUGGCCUUCCGUGCCCGCUACCACCUGGUGGACAAAGAACAUGACAGUGCGGAGGGCAGCCAUGUCUCGGGGCAGAGUAACGGCCGAGACCCCACGGCCCUCGCCAAGGCUGUUCAGAUUCAUCACGACACACUGAGGACUAUGUAUUUCGCCUGAGAGGUAGAAUAACCCUCCCAACACCCCACCCUAUCAGCCUCUGUGUCCUAGUGGGGGUCAGCCAUCGCAUAUCGGACUUUGGGCUGGCGCAGCUCUGGUCCCGAUGAGGGGAUGCCAAGCCACGAAGGAUAACAACAACCAGGGGGGAGUACAGCAACGUUAUGCAAUAUGAAACCAGCCAAUCCUCUCCCAGCCUGUUCUCCUUUGCUGUGUUUUUAAUUAAUGAUACUGCUCCUUGAGCUGUGCUCAACUUUUGCUUUGUCUUACUUUCAAAAUGCCAGAGUGUAGAAGACAAGACAGGGGAAUUGAUAAGGAUGGUUUCAGGGGUUGGGUGGGGACAUAGCAGGUCCAGUGAGGAUCAUUCUUGUUCCUCAACCCAGUGCUGAUAUGAUGACUUGCCUAUCUAUGUUCAAUCGUAUAAAUUGUCCUCUUUUAAAUGUCUUCGUUAGCUUAUUGUCGUUAUAUGUGCGUCUUUGUAUGUUCUGUAGAAGUCUGAUUGCCAUGGCGAUGCCUGUUAGUCGAGAACGCUUGUGAAUCACAGCUAUGCCCUUUUUCAUAGGGCAAGCUGCUCGCCCAGUUACUCUGCUCUCUUUAAGCCAAUGGGGAUUUACUUAACACGGCAAUCUCUAUCUCUAUCAAAAGGCAUUUACAGAAACAAAAUGUUUUACAGCUAUUGUUUGUUGUACUUUUAGAAUAUCAACCCUGGCCACACCAUGGACCUACUCAGAACCUUUACGGUUCACUGUGGUAGCUACAGAUUUCACUGUGGUAGCUACAGAUUUCACUGUGGUAGCUACAGAUUUCACUGUGGUAGCUACAGAUUUCACUGUGGUAGCUACAGAUUUCACUCUCUUUGUUUUUAUUAUUAUUUAUCCUUCUGUGAUUUGAGAUUCAUCUUAUUUAUCAUUCAUUUUCAGCAAUAGAGCACUGUUCGUUUGGUCAAAUUUGAACUAAGGAACUGAUGUCACACCUUUUAGUGCAAUAAGUCGUUAAUGCAUAAAAAGGGUUCUAUGGUUAACAUACCGAUUUGUAUAUUUUUGGGCCAUUAUGACCGGAUAUGGGCAGGUGAUAACGGAUAAAGAAUGUAAACUGGGGCAAGGAUUGAUGCCACAAAAUGGUUAUGUGGGGGUGACAUGACACAAUACGUGUUUUUUAGUAAAUGGAGUGAAUUAUGUGCCCGUUUUAGGUG